UUCGAAGAGACCUCACGACAGAGAGAAGAAGGCAAACAAAUCGACUUAUGUUCGUUUUCUUUGCAUCUUCGAGAUUCAUGCCGAGGAGUCGCUUUUCUAGCGCUUCACUGUCAUGCAACAGGUAAACUCGAUUGAUGGCUGCCUGAGUCUUCCUCGAAUUCUCUUUUCCAGCAUGAAAUCUUUGGCCGGAAAUCGAUUUUACCGGUCUAUUUGACUUUUUUUCAAUGAUAGCCCUGAGUGAAUUUUAAAGAUCCGAUACCGCAGAGAGCUCUUGGAUACAAUGCGAACUGUUCCAGACAUUGCGAUGAUUGAAAAGUGGAAAAGUCGUCACCUGAAGGGGAGCUUAUAAAACGACAGCCACUCUUCAACGAUCUUCCCGAAAAGCUAGCUUUCCAUUUUGAGACCGAUAUCAUCAUGAGCGUUGACAUGAGUCCUUUUCUUUGGAUAGCCGUCCUCGGAGGUAUCUGUGGCUUUGGUUACGGGUUCUUUAUCGGCGCGAACGACGUUGCAAACGCUUUUGCUUCUUCCGUGUCCUCCAAGUCUGUAACUUUGAAGCAAGCCGUCAUCAUCGCUAGUAUCUUCGAGUUUUCGGGGGCCUUUUUUCUCGGAGCUUCUGUUACGGGUACAAUUCGAUCCAAGAUUAUCGACAUCAACCUCUACAUUGACGAGCCUGAGCUUCUCAUGUUCGGUAUGUUCACGUCCUUGCUCUCGGCCGUCAUUAUGUUGGCCAUCGCGACACGAUUCGGUCUCCCCGUGUCCACUACGCACGACAUUGUUGGCUGCAUCAUGGGCUUUUCAAUUGCCGCCAAAGGCUUCGACUCGGUAGACUGGGAUGUGGCUCGCAAGCUGUUCAUGUCGUGGGUCGCAUCGCCUUUGAUCUCGGGUUGUGUUGCUGCCUUUCUGUUUGGAAUGGUCAAAUAUUUUGUAAUGAAGACGGACAAUCCCUACCAGCGAGCCUACUACACCUUCCCCAUUGUUCUUACGAUUGGACUCGGUAUUGAUAUCUUCUACAUUCUGUACAAGGCGAGUUCCAAUUUUUCGGGAUUUUCUGACAAACUCGAGCUGUACUGGGUUCUUCCUACAUCCUUUGGUAUUGGUCUCUUUGCUGGUAUCUUGUGGAUCUUCGUAUUUGGUCCUUGCGCCAAGAAGCCUGAGGAUCGCAAAGCGUCAAACAGCCGCGAGGAGAUUCACGAUCUCGAUGACAGCGGGCAUCCCAUGAAGGAGUCGACCGACGAACCAAGUUCAGAAGAAAAAUCGCCCUCGACCAUCGUCGAUAACCUCAAGCUCUUGUCUAAAAAAUUUGGAGAUUCUACUUACAACCAAGAUCUCCAUGCUCAGUCUAUGCAUGAGAAUCCCCGCACAGCCGAGAUUUGGGAGCAGGGUGAAGUCUACGACCCGGAUGCAGAAAUGCUCUUUUCAUACGUCCAGGUCUUCACUGCUUGCCUAAACUCUUUUGCCCACGGUGCCAAUGACGUGUCCAACACGAUUGCUCCUUUGAGUGCCAUUAUCCAGCUCUACCAGGAUGGUGUUGUUGAGAAGAAAUCGGAAGUUCAAAAGUGGGUUCUCGCUUAUGGAGGCAUUGCCAUUGUUCUCGGUCUCGCUCUCUACGGAUACCGUGUAAUGAAGUCGGUCGGCUACAAACUGACUCGCUUGUCCCCUUCGCGCGGCGCUUCAGCCGAGCUUGCCGCUUCGUUGACAGUUGUGACCGCUUCUUUUCUCUCGAUUCCAGUGUCGUCGACCCAGUGCAUCGUUGGCGCCGUCUCGGGGGUUGGUUUGAUUGGCGGCUGGAAGAAUGUCCAGUGGCUCUUCCUUGCCCGUGUUUGUGUUGGAUGGGUCGUGCUGUUCUUUGUCGCGGUGUUGCUCUCGGCUGGGGUCUUUUCCUUUGGAGCUUUUUCCCCCUCUGCCUGAGACAGCUUGCGCAUGCCCAUGCACUGGAUCCGUUUAAACAAUGGGUAGAAUAUCCCAAUUUGAGUAGCACUUAAAAUAAUUCCAUGAAUAUAUAUGC